GAAACCAGCUAUUGCACCGCCUGAUCAGGGGGGCCUGAGAGUAGAAUGAAGCUUGUGGCAGGGAUUGUGCAACUACUGAUCUUCCAGCAAUGUGCUCUGGUAAUGGGAAGAGCGAAACCAUUGAAUGCUGAAUAUCCACUCUGCGCAAAUGUCAGCAACUGCAAUAACAACAUGACAGUUAUCAUGACACAGAUCAAAUUAAAGAUAAACGAGAUGCACUCAGAAGCCAAGUGUCUCUUCGACUCUUAUGUAAAGAAUCAACAAUUCGACAAAUAUAACCUCACAAGUGUGUGCAACCCAGAGUCCAUCGAUUUCCCUAAAUUCAACGUGGCAAACGCAAGUGAAGAAGAGAAAAUGGUUGAACUGUACAAGAUCUUUCAAUACAUGAAAGUGGCUAUGGGAAAUAUAUCGCAGGAGCAGAGUGAACUCAAUCCCCUACAGCAUCACUUGCUCUCAAAGCUUAAUACAAGCAAGGCACAGAUAGCAGCUGUCAUUUACAAUUUGUCUUGCAUCCUCUGCAGGAAGUAUCAAAUAACUAAAGUAGAUGUGCAUUAUAGCAUGCGUUUUCCAACCAACACCUUUAAAAAGAAGAUAAGAGGAUGUAAAAUUCUUAAGAAAUACAAGCAUUUUCUUCUGGAAGCAGCAAACAUGAUGAAUGGCUGGAUUAAGAAUCUGGGGCACAAUCCAGACCCGUCAUUCAAUAAACAUAGGUGUGAGAGUGGCAGUCUUUAACGUUACAGUUUCGGCACCAAUGGUCCAUGCAAGGAUAUAAGCUGAUUUGAACGCAAUAUAAUCCACAGUUGUGCCUUAAAAUACACCUUGAAGAACUAAUGAAAGUUCCUGUAACAGACUUACAUUAUUUGGGCUAUAGUACGCGUACAGGAGAACCUUAGAGAACAAAUACCGCAAGAUGGAGGAUGAUCAUGAUAAUUUGUGUUGCUUUUUGGAACAAAAACACUUUUAUUGUUAUUAAUCUCAGUGUUAGAUGGAAAAAGAAAACAUUACUUUCGUAUUUCAUGUUGGACUCCAAUGUUAUAUGAUAUGGGAUUUGGGAACUCUAUUAGAAUACAGAGAAGCUAAUGAAACUGACAUGCACAAUUGGCAAAUCAUGUAUAAAAACAUAGUGAACGAAGUAUUCGAAUUUGGAGCUAAAGUCCGAAUAGAAAAAAAAGAUACUUAAGGGGUGAAUGCUGAAAUAGAAUGGAACAGUGAGUUCCUUGUUUAUUUAUAUAUUUAUUAUAGUUUAUUUAACAUUAUUUUUUGUAUUUAUCAAAGUAAUCCCAAAAGAUUAUGGGUAAAGUUUGCAAAUAGGGGUAAAUGUAACAUAAUGUUUAAAGGGACAAUCAUAUUAAACAUUUAAAACAUCAGGCAGACUCACCGGGAACCUGCAGAUGCCUGCAAGAUGCAGGCUAUUACAUUUACCCCAUAAUCUAUUUUCAUCUUGAAAAGUAUUGUUUCUGUAUCUCACAGAAGUUAAAACUAAUAUUACUUAGAAAGUUUAAUUUAAAUGUAUUUAUUAUUUAUUUAAAAAUAUUUAA